AUGGGGCCAAACUCUGUACCCCGAGUCUUCCAGGCGCCGGCGGUGAAGCGUGACCCGCCGCAGCCGGGCUCGGGCUUGCUUUGGGCCCAGGAUGUGAUCAACCCAUUCGAGAUUCGCUUUGACCCGGGUGAGGACGGAGCGAGUCUGCUGGAGGGCUGGCAGCUGAGCGAAUCCGUGGAGGUGGGGGGCGGGGAUUUGGAGCAGCGCGGGGACGUGGGCGCCUUCGACCAGGACAACUGCUGGCAGUGGGACCCGAAGCAGGUGCUUCCGCACCGCAUCUCGCCCCAUGUCUUUCCGGAGAUCCGGAAUCAGGCGAAGGUGUCCACGUAUCUCUACUUGCAGACGCCUCCCGGGUGGGCUCUACUUAUGAGCGACUUGCCGAACUCCAAGCGCCGCUUUCGAGUUCUAAGCGCCCUGCUGGACACGGACUGGUACUACCCUGCGCACCCUUGGCAUGCCGUCGUGGAGCUGCCCAGGAUCUCACAGGGAGAGCCUGUGGUUAUUUCGGAGGGCGAGCGGCUUUGUCGCUUGACGCCGGUACGGAGAGCUUCCUACUCGGCUGCUGAGAUGAGACCAGACCAGUUCAAGUCGCUCUACCUCAAAGGCCAGGCCUGGCUUGACCAGCACGGCCGGCCUUGCGAAGAUCCCGAGGCGCCACCGGGCGCCCUUGACAUCCGGGGCGCCUACGCACGGCAGCGGAGAUCCUUCGAGUUCAAGGCAUUGCGCGGCGAUCUGAUCAGAUCCUUGCUUCCUCGCGCCAUGACGGACGUGGAGCUGACAUGUGUGGCCCCUCCAGCUGAACAAAUCGGAAAAGCGGGGCCAAAGCCAGAGGUGUCUAAGGAGCAGACACAAGUGGUUGAAGUGGAGAAGAAGCCCCCUUGGCGCGCCUGGAUUUGCCUAUUCCUGGUGAACAUCGUCGAAGGAAUCGAUACACAGCUCAUCCCCGCGUGUCUUUUUGCCCUUCAGCGCGACGUCAAUCUGACCCUCAGUGAUGUUGCCAUCCUCACCACUGUGCAGAUGGUCUUGACCAAUGUGGCAGCGCCCUUCUGGGGUGUGGUGGCCGAUCGAGGAAUUAUGAUGAGGAAGUCGAUUAUCAAUCUGGGCUGUCUUGGGGAAGGAAUUUCCGUGCUGGCCCUGGCAUUUGUCGGCAGCAUGGUUCCCAUGGUUGGUCUGCGCGCCAUGUCGGGCUUUUUCAUGGCUUCCCUGCGCCCCGUGUGCAAUGGCCUCGUGGCGGACAUGACAUCGGACCACAAUCGCGGGAAAUAUUUCGGACAGAUGCAGAGCGGGUACAUGCUGGGCAUGUUUGGCGCCACCAUGUUCGCGGGGAACAUGGCCAACAUCUUCCUGUGGUCUAUUCCAGGGUGGCGCGUCGUCUUCGUGCUUGCUGCCCUCUUCGCCUUCCUCGUCACAGGAAUUGUGCUGAAGUACAUGCUGGAGCCAGAGCGGCCUCCGCAGGAGGAGGGACGACUUGUCCUGGACGAGUUGCGGGCGGUGCUGCGCUUCCUGAAGAUCCCAACCUUCAGCGUGAUGAUCAUGCAAGGGGUCUUCGGCGGCAUUCCCUGGACGGUCAUGGGCAACAACCUGCUGUACUUUAAGCUCUCCGGCCUGCCGGACUGGCAGGCCGCCAUCCUGACCUCCGAGUUUACGGUCAUGGGCACCUUCGGGGGUUUGCUUGGGGGUGUGGUGGCGGAUUUCUUGGCGCGGCGCUGCGGGCUGCAUGGCCGGCCCUUGAGCGCCCAGUUCACUGUGGCCGUUGGCAUCCCACUGAUGUACCUGCAGUUCUAUGGCAUCCCCGCCGGAGAAGGCUCCUUCCUGGCCUACGCCACCGUCGUUGCGUGCUUCGGUCUCUUUGCCACCUGGGCGGGUUCCGGAACAAACCUGCCCAUCUUGUCGGACAUUGUGCCAGCCCGGGACCGCAGCAAGGUGAUGGCCUGGGAGGGUGCGCUGGAGAGCUCCCUGGCAACUGCCAUCGGACCAUUGUUUGUGUCCAUCCUGGCAGACCGAAUCUUUGGCUACAAGUUCGGAGAGGAAGAGAAGAGUGGACAAUCGAUUGAGGCUGCAACAGCCCUUGGCAAGGCAAUGGCCGUAGCGAUUUGCCUGCCAUGGACGCUGACGCUUUUGGCCUACACGCUGAUGCACUGGAGCUAUCCCAGGGACAUGCGGCUUUUGAAUGAGCGCAGGAAGACGGCCCAGGAUGUGGGUAGCCCAGUGCCUGCCGUUUGAAAAGGGCUUCCAAAGCCCCUCCUCAGGGCUGAAUCUUCCAUUUGCUGAAAUUAAUAUUUGUUGUUGUCCC